AUGGUGCAUCCGGUGGCGGAGGCCGACGAGCGGAGCCCCUUCGGCCGGCUCACCGCCGAGGAGUACUACGCACGCCACGGCGUCACGCACUCCUCAUCCACCUUCGUCAACCCGCGGGGGCUCCGCAUCUUCACGCAGCGCUGGGUGCCCAGCGGGGACGCCCCCAUCCUCGGCGCCAUCGCCGUCGUCCACGGCUUCACCGGCGAGUCCAGCUGGAUGGUGCUCCUGACGGCCGUCCACUUCGCCAAGCAAGGCUUCGCCGUCGCCGCCGUGGACCACCAGGGCCACGGCUUCUCCGAGGGCCUCCAGGCCCACAUCCCGGACAUCACCCCGGUGCUCGACGACUGCGAGGCCGCCUUCGCCCCCUUCCGCGCCGACUACCCGCCGCCGCUGCCCUGCUUCCUCUACGGCGAGUCCCUCGGCGGCGCCAUCGCGCUGCUGCUGCACCUCCGGGACAAGCCGCGCUGGCGCGACGGCGCCGUGCUCAACGGCGCCAUGUGCGGGGUCAGCCCCCGGUUCAUGCCGCCGUGGCCGCUGGAGCACCUGCUCUGGGCGGCGGCCGCCGUGGCGCCCACCUGGCACGUCGCCUUCACCAGGGGGAACAUCCCGGGCCGGUCCUUCAAGGUGGAGUGGAAGCGCGCGCUCGCGCUGGCCAGCCCGCGCCGCACCACGGCGCCGCCCCGCGCCGCCACCGCGCUCGAGCUCCUCCGGGUGUGCCGGGAGCUGCAGGCGCGCUUCGAGGAGGUGGAGCUGCCGCUGCUGGCUGUGCACGGCGGCGACGACACCGUGUGCGACCCGGCGUGCGUGGAGGAGAUGCACCGCCGCGCCGGGAGCAAGGACAAGACGCUGCGCGUGUACCCCGGGAUGUGGCACCAGAUCGUCGGCGAGCCGGAGGAGAACGUGGAGCAGGUCUUCGCCGACGUCGUCGACUGGCUCAAGGCCCGGGCCGCCGCCGGUCCGCACUCCGCAGUAGUUGGUUAG